GGUCGGAGGCCUGAUUGCUGGGCGCCGCUGCUGGUCGCGGGAGGAGCAGUCGCGUUGUUUUGGCGGUCCGAGAUGGCUGGGCUGGAGUCGGGGCCGAGAGGGCGGGGCAGGAGAAGGCGCGGGCUGAGGGAAGAGAGCCGCGGGCAGGCCCGGGACGCCGAAGGGGAGCCCCGCGGGCCGUCCGGCCGCCAGCGCGGAACAAAGGGGAGAGAGGGGACGCUCCGGAGUGCCCGCCCCGAUUCCAACCCGGCAUCUCCCGGUUCUCCGUGGAAGGCGCUGGCGGCUGCCCUCGUUGUCCUCGGCGCCUGGAAGGCAGGCAGGCAGGCAGGCAGGCAGGCAGGCCGCCCGCGAAAAACGAGCUCGGCGAGCGCGUGGUAGUGACAGGGAAACGGGCCGAGAUUGCCCCCCGGAGCGCUGCGGGGUGGAUGGAAGGUUAGAGGCGCCCUCCGCGAGGACGAGGCGCCCAGAGGAGGCGGGAAGCGUUGCUGACGGGAACGGGAAUGAAAAACAUGCUGCUGACCUUUACACCAAGUGAUUGAAGAGACACAGAAGAAGCACAUUUAUUAAUAACAACAUGGGAAAUACAACUACUAAGUUCCGCAAAGCACUUAUCAAUGGAGAUGAAAAUUUGGCCUGCCAAAUAUACGAGAGCAACCCUCAAUUAAAAGAAUCUCUGGAUCCUAAUAUUUCUUAUGGAGAACCUUACCAGCACAAUACUCCAUUACAUUAUGCUGCUAGGCAUGGGAUGAAUCGAAUAUUGGGGACUUUUCUUUUUGUGAGAGAUGGGAACCCAAAUAAACGAAAUGUGCACAAUGAAACUUCUAUGCACUUGCUUUGUAUGGGACCUCAGAUUAUGAUUUCGGAUGGAGCUCUCCAACCUCGCCUGACAAGACCCUUUGAAGAUGAUUUUAGAAGAGCAGAUUGUCUGCAGAUGAUCUUAAAAUGGAAAGGAGCAAAACUUGACCAAGGAGAAUAUGAAAGAGCUGCUAUUGAUGCUGUUGAUAACAAAAGGAAUACACCUUUGCACUAUGCUGCUGCCUCAGGAAUGAAGACUUGUGUAGAGCUUCUAGUAAAACAUGGUGGAGACUUGUUUGCUGAAAAUGAAAAUAAAGAUACUCCCUGUGACUGUGCAGAGAAGCAGCACCACAAAGAGUUAGCGCUCAAUUUAGAAUCUCAGAUGGUGUUUUCACGAGAUCCUGAAGCUGAAAGUAUUGAAGCGGAAUAUGCUGCUUUAGACAAAAGAGAGCCAUAUGAAGGACUACGACCUCAGGACCUUCGAAGGCUCAAAGAUAUGCUGAUUGUAGAAUCUGCUGAUAUGCUUCAAGCACCUUUGUUUACUGCAGAAGCUUUGCUCCGAGCUCAUGAUUGGGACAGGGAAAAAUUACUUGAAGCUUGGAUGACUAAUCCAGAGAACUGCUGCCAGCGUUCAGGUGUUCAAAUGCCAACACCACCCCCAAGUGGUUAUAAUGCCUGGGAUACACUUCCUUCACCAAGAACUCCUCGGACUACUCGUUCUUCUAUCACUUCUCCAGAUGAAAUUAGCCUCUCACCAGGGGACAUUGAGACAACUAUGUGUGAAAUUUGUAUGUGUAAUAUUUCUGUCUUUGAAGAUCCAGUAGAUAUGCCUUGUGGACAUGAGUUUUGUAGAGCAUGCUGGGAAGCGUUUUUGAAUAUGAAAAUUCAGGAGGGUGAAGCCCACAAUAUUUUUUGCCCAGCAUAUGAUUGCUUUCAGCUUGUUCCAGUGGAGAUAAUAGAAAGUGUGGUUUCCAAGGAGAUGGAUAAACGCUACCUACAGUUUGAUAUUAAGGCCUUUGUUGAAAAUAAUCCUUCUAUUAAAUGGUGCCCUACACCAGCAUGUGAAAGAGCAGUCAGGCUCACAAGACAAGGAUCUAAUACAAGUGGUUCAGAAACACUUAAUUUCCCAUUGUUAAGAGCCCCUGCUGUGGAUUGUGGGAAAGGACAUCUUUUCUGCUGGGAGUGUUUAGGUGAAGCCCAUGAACCUUGCGACUGUGAAACUUGGAAAAACUGGCUGCAGAAGAUAACAGAAAUGAAACCUGAAGAGCUUGUGGGAGUUAGUGAAGCUUAUGAAGAUGCUGCCAACUGCUUAUGGUUACUCACAAACUCCAAACCAUGUGCCAACUGUAAAUCUCCCAUUCAGAAAAAUGAGGGAUGCAACCACAUGCAGUGUGCAAAGUGUAAAUAUGAUUUCUGUUGGAUAUGCCUUGAAGAAUGGAAAAAACAUAGUUCUUCCACUGGAGGAUAUUAUAGAUGUACUCGCUAUGAAGUAAUUCAACACGUAGAAGAACAAUCUAAGGAAAUGACAGCAGAGGCUGAAAAGAAACACAAAAGAUUUCAAGAACUUGAUAGAUUUAUGCACUAUUACACAAGGUUUAAGAACCAUGAGCUCAGCUAUCAAUUAGAACAGCGCCUUCUCAAAACAGCCAAAGAAAAGAUGGAGCAGCUGAGUAGAGCUCUUGGUGGAUCAGAAGGAAGUUGUCCUGAUACCACAUUCAUUGAAGAUGCAGUACAAGAACUCCUCAAAACGCGACGCAUUCUGAAGUGUUCUUACCCUUACGGAUUCUUUCUAGAACCAAAAAGCACAAAGAAAGAAAUAUUUGAACUGAUGCAGACAGAUCUUGAAAUGGUUACAGAAGAUCUUGCUCAAAAAGUGAACAGACCUUACCUUCGUACUCCUCGCCAUAAAAUCAUCCGGGCGGCUUGCCUUGUUCAACAGAAGAGGCAAGAAUUCUUGGCCUCUGUAGCCCGUGGAGUUGCUCCUGCUGAUUCUCCAGAAGCUCCAAGGCGCAGCUUUGCUGGUGGAACAUGGGAUUGGGAAUAUUUAGGAUUUGCAUCCCCUGAGGAAUAUGCUGAAUUUCAGUAUCGGAGGAGGCACAGACAACGUCGACGUGGAGACAUGCAGAGUCUGCUGAGUAAUGCUCCAGAUCCUGAUGAUCCGAGUGAGAGUACACUAGAUACUCAAGAAGCUGGCAGUAAUAGAAGACAUGGUAGUUCCAUGGUGAGUUCAGCUUCCAUGAGUAUUCUUCACAGCUCUUCUCUUCAUGAUUAUACUCCUGUUAGUCACUCUGAAAACCAAGAUUCUCUGCAGGCACUGAGUUCCUUGGAUGAAGAUGAUCCAAACAUACUUCUUGCUAUUCAGUUAUCAUUGCAAGAAUCUGGCUUGGUUAUUGACGAUGAAACUAGAGACUUCCUAACUAAUGAAGCUUCAUUAGGAGCAAUAGGUUCUUCUUUGCCUACAAGGUUAGACUCUGGCCCAGUAAAUAUUGAUAAUCCAAGAGCGGCUCUAAGUAGCUCUGAACUUUUAGAACUUGGUGAUAGCCUGAUGAAACUAAGUGCAGAUAGCGAUCAGUUUUCAACAGACCAUCUUAGUUCUCACACUUUCAAUAAUACAAGAAGUGGCUUAUAUUCAGCAUCUGGUGAAGCUGACUCAGGUAGCCAAGAUCUUAAUAUAAAUGAAAAUCUCCUUGGAAACAUAAUGGCUUGGUUCCAUGACAUGAAUCCUCAGAGUAUUGCACUCAUUCCUUCCGCAAGUACAGAAACAGAUGAUGAUUCACAGCAACCCAGUACUGAAGAGGGGUUAGUGGAACAGCCACAUGUAAGACAAGAUCUUCUAGAGGAAGAUGCGCUUUUUGAGGAGGCACUCAAAAAUGAAGGCAGAGGCAUUCAAAGAGAAGAGGGUGCUGCUGCUGGAGACAUUAGUAAAGGAGAAACAGUUACACAAAGUGAAGACUCCUCUGGAGAGACUAGUAGCCAAGUUGUAACUUCUGAUGUUGCACGUCAGACAUCUAAAACUUCAACUGAAUGGGUUGAACAUGUGCAUUUGGUGUAAUCACAAGAAGUCUGAAGACAGGAAUUGAUUGUGGAGCCAAAAUGGCUAGGCAAUUGCCAACGGUACACUAUAUAGCAUAAGAAUUCUGGAAACUUUGACAAAUGCUAGCAGAGCUCAGUUGUUUACCAGAGGUGUAAAAAUGGAAUAAAUAGAAAUUUCCUUGGUGUUCUUUAUGAAGAUUAUUGAACCUUUCAGGGAAUUUCCAUUGCAUUGGACAGUAAAGUGGCUUGCUUGUUUGGAGGAAGUAGAAAGCUUGUACUCCACAUUCCUAAUACAAUGCAUUAUCUAUUUAGCCUUAGGCUGAUGAUCCGUAACUUGAAAGUGGAGAUUAAAGGCUUCCUUAGCUACUUAUCUUAAGAAACCAUUUUCUCCUUUUUCUGUCAUUUGUCUUACCCUUUAAAAACCAAGGUUUAGCAGUAAACAUUAUGUCUUGCUUUCCCCAGGUAAUCAGUAAUAGUAUGAGUUGAGUUAGAAUUGGAUCUUUUCUAAUUAAAAUAAAGUUUUUCAUGUUUAUGUACAGUACAGAUGUGCCAAAUUGAGCAGCAAAUCAACUUCAACACAAAAGUAUGCAGUAUUGUUUUUUACACUAACCCAUAUUUUUAAGGAUGAUAUAAAGAUCACACACACACAAAGCUUUUCCAAAUUUCAGUGGCAUUUAUUACCAUUAUAAUUGCAUUAACAUAAUUUUAUCCUAAUUAAAUCUAAUUCUGCUAUUUAGGACAGUUAUUUUAAACAUUGUUUGCUCAAUUGAAAAGACACUUUAAUAGAAGUGCAAUCUUUUCAUUCUAUGCACUAUGAGUGCAGUUGCUUUUAGCAGUAACAUUUUACAAAGCAAAGUUUGAAAUUUCCUUAAGCUAGAGGCAGCCCCCCCCCCCAUAGAAGAUUAGUAAUAUCACAUGCAACAUGUUAUUGUGCCUUGCCUAACCUAAAUAGAUAGUUGCCACAGUUAAAUGAAUACUGGUCAUCUGUUCUGGAGUAUACUAUGCUAUGAACUGCAAAAACCUCCAUAAAACCACUCAUGGCCUUUCCUUUCCACUCAAUACCUAUAUAGGGUAUAAGCCUUCCCCACACAGGUACAGCAUGCACACCUAGAAGGAUCCCCAUAGGAUUCAAGAGAGCCUUAUUUUUCUCUUCCUCUCCCCACCCCAUCUUCCUCAGCAUGCAUUUGAGGGCAGUACAGUAUCUGUCUGUGCCUCCUGUAUCUCCAUCCGGCCUACUUGUUUCACUCAGUGAAGCUGUAUGAGCUUCAACUGAAAGAGAGGGAGAGGCAGGAAUAAGAAGGUGUGCUUCCAGUGCAUGCACUCUGAGAAGUGGGUGGGAAAUACAGCUGUUUAGACAAAUCCCUUGUUUGCAGACACCAUAGCUGCACAGGGAGUUAUCAUGCCCUAUAUGUCAAAGUUUUUAUCGAAAUAAUAAACACUACAGUGUAUUCUUUUCAAUUGCACAAUAUUCAUUUGGUGUAUGAUUGCUGUUUCAUAUUUUCUAAAAAACCCACAACCUUCCCUAAUGGUAUCCUACUGUGAAGAAAAAAUUUGUUAAGAUUGGCUCAAAAACAUCAAAACCUCAUUGUAAAUUAGUGAUGCAGAUUGUAACUUUAACUAGAAGUAAUUGUUUUAAAUUACUGUUUUGCUUGCAUAUAAUCAAAGCCUAGGUUAACAGAAGCAAAAUGAAUGAAAUACUCCUUUUUUUUGGUUUGACUUGAUAUGAGAAAUCUACUAUGUCUGAUAUAAAAAUUUCUUGCUACUGAUUGUGUACAGUAAGGUAUUUUGAUGGCAGAAAAAGUGUGUAUAUUGAUUACUGUGAGUUACAAGAAAAAGUGUUAAAUCUUUCAUUUAAGGAUAACUGUUGGAAUCUUGCAGUCCCUGUGACUCAUAAAACUAAAUAUUAACUAUUUAAUCCAUUUUUUAAAAAAAAUCUGUUUCUUGACAUUUCUUUGGAAGGAGUAGUCUGCUUCUCUGUUACUAUAUUCUGUACAUCUAUUAUAUUUUCUAGCUUGGCUUCUAAUUGCCCUAUCCUGAAAGUAUUGGUGUUGAAUCCCUUUUUCUAGCCUUGGAAAAUUAUCUCUUUAAACAGCUGUCUGUUAUAGAAUCCUUUCUAAUCUAAAAUAGAUCUUGAAGACUCUAUCUUCACUCAUUGGUCUUAUAUAUUUUAAAUACGCAUACAGCUUCCUUGAAUUAUAAUUUCCAAAUAGAAUAUCACAUGGUUUUGUGUAUUGCAUUAAGAUGUCUUGCAAAGCUAAGAGAAGAUAUGUAUGAGUGCUUUCUGUGAUGAUAGUGAAGUUUGUGGGUUCUGGUUUUCUGUAACUUGGUUUAAAUUGUGCAGUAUAUUCCAUUGUUAAAUUUAUUCUGAGCAUGGAAUUUAGCAUAUUAAAUUUGUAUUUUCUCGGUACUUAUUUAAAAUUUAAGACCAUCCCACUAAUUGAAUUUAGAAUUCUGAAAGAAAGUUUGGCAAGCCUAUUUUGUAAACCAAUUAAUUUUAUAAAGGAAAACAAAACUACUAUAAUCUUGAAAAUGGUAUUUGCACUUUCAUAGUAUAUACUUGAUACAUUCCCACUUUAUAUACAGUAGAAUAUUACAACUGUGUAGAUGUUUGGCCAAAUGAAUGCUGUUAAUAAUAUGUACAAUUUUUGAUUAAACAUUUAU